AUGUCCACCACUGAUGAUUUGGACGAAACAUAUCCGCCUCCUGCGUAUUACAAGAAGCCUGUUUUUGACCGAAGCUCUAUAGCAACUAGACAACGGUCAUGUAAAAGAGACGGGCUCAAAAUACCCAUUCACACACGAGGAAAUUCGUCAUCCGAGGAUGCUUUAUCCGAGGAUAGCGAGCACUCCGGUGCACCCGUUUAUAGAAAGGACUAUAGCGUAUUCCCCAGUUUGAAACCUACUCUUGUAACUCCUUCAAAAGAAGUUACUGCUAAAAGUGCGCCACCGUAUUUACCAAAUCCUUGUUUCCCGGCUCAAUGCAGCCAGCCAAUCGACCUUUAUAUAAAUGAAACCUGUACUUACAUUAAUAAAGGAGAACCAGAACGAGGCAUAUGGGUAUGGUUUGGCUCUGAUCAUUCCUGGAAUAUCUCGAAACCUGCUCAAGGGAGGCAAACUAAUAACUCUUCCGAAAUACAGGCUGCGACAGCUGCAGUUAAGAAAGCCGUUGAAAAUAUCAUGAGUAAAUUGACGAUGUUUGCAGAUACCCAGUUCCUCAUUGAUAGUUAUACUAAAUGGAUAUCGACUUGGGAAACCAAUGGGUGGAAGGCCUCCGAUGGGAAGCCAGUAGUCAAUGAAACAUAA